UACGAAUAGAGUGGAAACCAGAGUCGAGAGACGAGAGAGAGAGAUGAGUGUCGCAUCAACGGCGGGAUACCUAGCUCGGAGAGCAGCGCAGAAAGAGAGGGUUCGGAUCCUCUACCGGCGUGCCCUCAAGGAAACUCUCAACUGGGCCGUCCACCGCCACCUCUUCUAUAACGAUGCCGAUGUCCUCCGCCAGCGGUUCGAAGCUAACAAACAUGUGGAAGAUCUUGAUACAAUUGAUAGCCUGAUAGCUGAUGGUGAAGCACAGCACAAUAAGUGGCGGCACCCUGACCCUUAUAUUGUUCCUUGGGCUCCUGGUGGUAGCAAGUUCACCCGAAACCCACCUCCUCCACCUGGGAUUGAGAUUGUAUAUGACUAUGGUCGGGAGGAUCCUGCCUAAAACCAAGAUCAUUUUCCAAUCAAUAAAG